UUUAAAACUGUUUCGACCGAGUGAAAAUAAUGCAGUAGUGCAAGUGAUUCGAACGUGGCUCAAUUGGACCGAUCCGAUGCGCCAAGAGCGCAAACGGACAGGUCUGACCUCACUGUAGCGCUCGCGCUCCAAGCUCAGUUUUGCAGGUUGAAAAGCUGUUGCUCCGAUUUCCUGUCACAUGAUUCGAAAUAGGAUCCUUUGCGUUCUACUAUCUCGUGUGUCUGUGUGGUGCGGAUCUGCCUUGAAGUUCAGACGCCCUUUGGAGGUGGCUUUAACUGGGACCGCCAGAUUUCGACUUGACGUUUCAGAUUCGGGUUUGCAACGUCCAAAACAAGUCACCUGCGAGCCAUCUCUCCGACUGCUCAAAAGAAGACCGCAGUACAGCCGUUCGCCCUGAAGUUGUGCGAUGGAUUCUUUGACAAUUGCUACGCUGCUUGUAGCUGGGGUUCUCUCCGCAACAAGCGCAGCACAACUGGAGACGGAAUGUUACACAGCCAAUGGGAAGGAUUACAGAGGCCGCCAGAACCAGACCUGUCUUCUGGGCGGGAAGCCCUGCCUUUUCUGGAACGAAACCUUCCAGCACCCGUACAACACCCUCAAGUACCCUAAUGGAGAAGGAGGACUGGGCUCCCACAACUACUGCAGGAACCCAGACGGUGACGUUCGGCCUUGGUGCUACAUCACAGACCACGACGACGGCAUCUACUGGAAGUACUGCGACAUUCCCACCUGCCAGAUGCCUGGAAACCUGGGCUGCUUCAAGGACAGCGGCGACCCCCCCACGCUGACCGGGAGCAGCGAGACCUCCAACAAGCUCACCAUCCAGAACUGCAUCAGCUUAUGCCGCCGGCAGAGGUACAAGCUCGCGGGGAUGGAGUCGGGAUACGCCUGUUUCUGCGGCAACGACCCCGACUACCGUCGCCACGGAGAGGCGGCCAGCACCGAGUGCAACCACGUGUGCUUCGGCGACCACACCCAGCCCUGCGGCGGAGACGGGCGCGUCAUCAUCUUCGACACUAGGGUGGGGGCCUGUGGGGGAAACUACACGCAGCCGUCCGCCGUGGUGUACUCCCCGGACUUCCCGGACAACUACGGGACGGGCCGCGUCUGCUACUGGACCAUCCAGGUGCCCGGCGCCUCCGUCAUUCUCUUCAACUUCACCUUCUUCGACAUCGUGGACCAGACGGACAUGGUGGAGCUGCUGGACGGCCACACCAACCAGGUGGUGGCGCGCUUCGACGGCCGGCACCCGCCCCGGGAGACCAUCAACGUCACCGCCGACUUCGUCAUCCUGUACUUCUACUCGGACAGGACCAAUCAGGCGCAGGGAUUCGCAGUCCAUUACCAAGCGCUGAAAGGACCGGGGCGGCGGACGGGCGAGGAAGACAUGAUGGACGAGGAAGAGGAGGAGGAGGACGUCGGCGGCACGGUGGAGCCCCCGUACGAGGGCGUGACGGAGAAGUCCAACGACAGCCGCUCCUCCCAGAUCCUGUACGUCAUCACGUCCAGCCCCGGCAAGCCGGACCACAACAUGCCAGUUUGGACCAUCUACGUCCUAGCCGCUCUCUUGACGCUCACCGUCAUCGCCAUGGUGGCGAAACUGCUCUUGCACAUCACAGUAAAGUCUCCAACCAUACCCUCCAUCAGCGGCUCGGAGGCCUGCGGCCAGAGCCCCGCUUCGGAGCCCUGGAUCAUCUUCUACCGGCCGUCCACCAUAUCCUUCUUCAAGAAGAAGCUAAAGAAUCACCACGGCGACCUCAGCCCCCUGGUGGGCAACUAGGAAGCCACCUCCCCACCAGGCGUCCUCAGCAGGAAGCCAGUUUCCAGGCUGCGCUGGCCCGUUACUUCAAACUUUCUUGGGGUAGAGGGUGAGGGAGAGGGGAGGAGCUAAAACCAAGCUAACACAAACGACUGAACAGCUAACUGCCAUGGGUGGGGGGGGGGGGGUGAGGGAGGUGGUAAGGCCUGGUCUGGACUACGGCUACGACACCAGUCAGGACCGCAACCGCACCCGGCAUAGAGGGGGGGUGGGCAGGGGCGGGGGAGGGCGGAGAAGGCAGUCUGAAGAGGAGACGCCAACGUUUUCGGCUGCCCCCGUUUGCCUUCCCAUCAGUGUGGGUGCCUUAGACUGGCCGGAACUGGGUACCCCACCCCCACCCCCCCGCCCUCCCAAAUGCGCCCCCCCUCCCAAGUGUACCGAUGGAGGUUCUGCUUCAGCUUCCAAGGGGCUUCCCUCUGUUCACUAAUAAAACUAAAACACAAAAAUGCUCGCUUCGUACCGCAGAGGUACGGAAGGCGAGGGACGUGGGCCCGCGGCAUCACGCGUAUGAAACGCCUUCCCAUGAUCCUCCUUCGGCAGCCGCCGUCACACCGAACGCGGCCCACGCGGCGGCUUCAUGCUCUGGCGAGGGGAAACGGUCCCCUGUCACAUGUCACACGCGAACGGUUCACAUACCUCUCCGAAGGCCAAUCCGACCAAUCAGACCGACUACUGGAAACCCCGCCCUGUGAGGAAGAGCGGGAAAAAGCGGGGGCCAUUUUGAAAAGCUUUUUCUUAUGUAGGUCAGGUCUUGCUUCCUCUGCAGACUGCCGCGCUCCCUAGGUGGAACAAACACCUACUUGGACGAGGACUCGUUAAUAAAUAAAGGCGGGAGACAGAGAGAGAGAGAUUGCGAUCUCGGAGCGAAUAACCAAAUUGAAAAGACUUGCGUGGGUUAAAGAGUUCACCUCUAUCGGAGAAUCUGAGUCAGCCCCAGUGCCAGCGGGUGUGCAGUCUACUUAAAUAAUUGCCAUUUAAACUCCCCUCAGAUGUCGCUAAACUGUCUGUUUUGUUUUUUGUUUUUUUUUUGUCUGCUAGCGGCUCUGAUCUUUCUGGUUGAACCGCGUUCAAGUGCCUUAAGAAUUAAAAAGCAAACGUGGGCUUUUUCUUUUUUCUUUUUUAAAUCGUCGUGGAAAUUUAAUUUAUUUCUUUCAGAACUCAUCUGUAUGACAGCGCUUACAAAAAAAAAAAAAAAAGAAGCAAAAAUAUGUUCAUGGAAGAGUGGCUGGUGACGAAAUCUGCUUCCUUAUAUAUGUAUAUUUUUACCCUGUGGUCUUAAAUUUGAAAAUGCUAUCCAGGAAAGUUAGGCUGCUAAAUUAUGCUGUUCAUACUGAUGCCAUAUUGGUACAGGCAAAACCUUUUUUGCUCAAUUGGCCGACUUUGUUACUAAUUAGAAGGGCAAGCCUUGCAUUUCAUUGUACUGGCAGCGUAGCCAUGAAUGAACUUGCGCAAGGCCUGAAUGUGUUACAUAAAAAAAAAUUUUAAAUGUAAUUAAAAAAAAAAAAAAAACAA